AUGGCGGCUUGCACGGGUACCGCUGCUUUCAGAUGCGCAGUGAAAUUUAUACUCAAAGAUACUGUUCUAACCUCAAGGAAGAUUUGUCGUCUUUCAGGCAGUUGCACGGGGAAAAGUUACACUAGUUGGAGGACAUGCAGUUCAUCUGCAUCUUCCUUCUUCUCCGAGUCUCCAGCAGCAGAUGUUUCUACUUGUCCUAUCGGACAUUACGAUCGCCUCGUUCAGUGUGGUUCCCUGAGGAAGGAUUCUCAGCAGAGACAUGUCCUCCAGCAGCUGACUCAACUGCAGCAUACCCUGCAGAAAUACAGUAACAGCAUGUACCUGAAUCCACCUCCUCCAAGACUAGACUCAAAAGAUGACACUCAACUUCAAAAAGAUAAAGACCCCUGCAUAACUACAGCUGAAAACAAAGGUGGUGAAUUGGAUGCUAAGGAAGAACCCACUCCACGACCACCCAAAGGCUACUAUAUCUAUGGAGAUGUUGGCACGGGGAAGACAAUGCUUAUGGAUCUGUUUUACUCCCAUGUGGAAAACGCCCGUAAAAAGAGAGUCCACUUCAAUGGCUUCAUGUUGGACAUCCACAAAAGGAUCCAUCGGAGGAAACAAAGCCUGCCAAAACGAAGGCUCGGGAAUAUGUUCACCUAUGACCCCAUAUCACCGGUUGCCAUGGAGAUAAGCAGUGAAACCUGCCUCUUGUGUUUUGACGAGUUUCAGGUGACUGACAUUGCUGAUGCCAUGAUCCUAAAGCAGCUGUUUGAGACACUGUUCAAGACCGGAGUGGUGGUGGUGGCCACCUCCAACAGACCUCCUGAUGAUCUGUACAAAAACGGACUUCAGAGGGACACCUUUCUACCUUUCAUCGACAUGCUGAAGGAAUACUGCCACACCAUCUGCCUAGAUGCUGGGAUUGACUACAGAAGGCUGGACAAGGAUGCAUCAGGGAAACUCUACUACCUCACAGGGGAGCCUGGUGCAGAGGCCCACUUGGAUGCACUGUUCGAGGAGCUGGCUUUAAGACAAAAGAGUGUUACAGGUCCUCGGGUGCUCACAGUGCUGGGCAGAGAUGUGACUCUGGAAAAGACCUGCGGCUCUGUCGCCGACUGUACUUUUGACGAGCUGUGUGGCAGACCUCUGGGUGCUAGUGACUACCUGGAGAUAUCACGGCUCUUUGACACCGUAUUUAUCCGCCACGUUCCAGCUCUGACACUGACGCUGAAGGAUCAGGCCAGACGUUUCACCACCCUCAUAGACAACUUCUAUGACAACAAGGUGAGAGUGGUGCUGCUAGCGGCGGCUCCCUUAGACCGGCUGUUUGUCCACUCUGGAGGGGAAGAUGAGAGGGACCGACAGCUGCUGGAUGACCUGGGCCUCAGCGGGGAGGCAGCAGAGCGUCUGACUCUGUUCACAGCCGAGGAGGAGAUCUUUGCCUUCCAGAGGACCGUCUCCAGAUUGAUGGAGAUGCAAACUGAGUCAUACUGGAUGGAGGGAGACCGCAGUUACAGCAAGAAACCCGUGAACACCUAACAUCCAGUUCUGACUGCCAGGAUAAUUAUAUACCUCCACACAACACAGUACCUCACUAACUACUGACGCUGCACAUGCAAAAGCUCCCAUUUAGCAGAAACAGGAAGAUAAGAUCAAGUCUAUUUUGGGGCAACCAAAGCUAAAUGUUUAAGGGAAUAAACAGCAUUUUACUCCAAUAUGUCAGGGAAUCAUCUGACAUCCAUAAUAAAUAUAUAACUAUGUAAAACCUAAUACCUGCUUUCCUUUGGAUGUGAUUUCUCUUCAUCAUAUGCAUUAUGUUAUAUCUUUUUGCUUUUUGGUCCUAUUCUGUGAGGCGUACUCUCUCCCCCUUGAGGACUAUUAAUUUUGAGUAACGUAGAAAGCUCUCCAAAAGGUGUGAAGCCAUAACAGGUGCUUAUUUCAGAGAGAGAAAGGGGGCCAAGUGUCCUUCACAGUAGUUGGCUGCCGCCCUCUAGUGGUGAAUUUGUAAAGGAUCAACUAUUCUUUAAGCUCAGUAGCUGUUAGGCUGGCAUUGGUGUGCUCCAGGUCUGGGUUUAAAAUCAAACAGAACUGGUCUUGAUUUUGCAAUAACCACAACCUUACAGAUGUAAUAUAUUUUAAAGGAUCAAGGAUAACCUGAUUUAUUGAAGACACAAAAUAAACACCUCUCUUGUUUUCCCUCUUUAAUUCAGUUGUAAUUAAAGGGCAGACAAUACUUACUCACUCUGUGGUGUUUUGUAACUCUGUCCUGUUUCUGCCUGUAGGUGGCAGCAGAGGAAAACCAAUUGCUAAAAGGUUUGUUAUUGCGUCCAUCUAAAGAUGAGGUCAUCCUAGUGCACCACUCCAGCCUGGACUAGCCCGCCUUGACAACUACAGUCAGAACACUAAGCAGCACCUACACUAUCUGAACAAAGACCAUUGAAUUAGAUAUGAUGUUUGUACCAAGUCUUCAAGCAGGUAGUAUCGUGGAACAAGCACAAAAUCCCCAGAGUAAAGCUAUAAUCUUAUUAGGUUCAAGGGACAGUAAAUGGCUGAAUGACCAGUCUGUGUCUGUGUGUGUGUGUUGGUGUGUGCAGUGAUGCAUGCACAGAAUGUGUAUCAUUAAAAAAGCUUGA